AUGACUCCGCUGAAAGCUAAAACUAAUGGACGUGUGUUGGUUUCUUUAGAAUUGGAAGGAAUUAGAAACAAUGCAACGGGAUUGGGUGAACAGCAGAUGAUGGAUGUGAUAGAUGAAGUGGUUACAUCUGGGCUCCGUAAUUCAGUAUAUGAUGUCAACUUCCAACCUGUGCUGACUUUCCCAAGAUUCCGCCGAGCGAGGCAAGCACCUGACCGGAUCAUCCCAGUUGGCUACGAUUCUAUGGUACGUGAGUUACAGACACAUCCACCCUCAGUGCCACCUAAGGCACCUAAGCCUAAACCAGCUUUGAUGAAUGUAAUCCAUGAUGAAGAGAUAGAGGUGGCAGGGGAGUCCUUCACUGCCAUCACAUUUCCUUCCAGCCUUUCACAACAGAUUGCUCUUACAACUAGUGAGGAGCAACUUAUUCAAAGAAACCUGAAUAAGUAUCCCUCACUUGAAAAGGAAAUGACUGAAUGUCAUAAGUCAUGGGAAGAAAACUAUGUACCUGCUGCUGAAAUUCCUGAGGAGGAAGAGGAGGUGCAGGAGACAGUAGAAGAAAGUGUACCUACUGAGAAAGCAGCUACCCCUAAACUUGAGGAAAAGGAGACAGCGUCUUCUAAUUUUGUUCUUGUGGUUUCUAAUAGACAAAAGCUGAUAGAUGAACCAAGAAGUGCAAUAUCUAUUGAAGAAGCAGAAGAAGUAGAGGAACCUGUGCCUGUCUGCAAAGUUGAUGAAGAACCAUGUUUAAGAAGAGGAGAUGCAAGUAUUCUAGGCCAGCCAAAAGUGGAAGAACCAAUACAAAUAGAGGAAGAAGAUGGAGAAGACCUUGAUGAGCCACUUCGUCUUGAAGAUAUGGAUUUCAUGGACAAGUCUAUGACUGCUACCUCAGGAUUUGGACCACUGCCAUCUCUUCCUGGCCUGCAGAAAGGACCAUUUGUAAGUGAAGCAUGCCAUGUGGGAUUGAAGGUUGAUGUUGCUACUGAACUUCCUAAGCUUGACCCUAGACUUGAGACUGCAGCUAUUGAUCAGGGUGUGGCUUCUGACCUCUCUGAGUGUGACCAGGAGGUUCUGGUGCCUGUCCAAACCUUUUCACAAACCCCACUCUAUAACCAAGCAAUGAGUGAUGACCCUAGUCUGUGUUGUGGCAGUGAUGUUGCUAAUACCCUCAGUGGUACCCAGGUAAACCCUUUCCCUAGUUCUUCUUCUUCAGAGCCUGACAAAACUGCUUUGCCUAAAUUAGUGGCCAGUAGACGUGUGGAAAGCUAUGAAGAUUUCUCAUUUUAUAGUCAAAAUGCAAAUGUAAUGUCAUUAGCAGAGUCCAAAGAAGGAAGCUAUUUUGGUCCUCUGCACAUUGUAAAAGAUUCUUGUUUGGAGGAAAAUGAUAUCAGUACUUGGGAAAAUAGAAGCUGUAAUAAGGUAAGCUCUGAUUCUGACAAAAAGGAAGAUGCAGAUCUGAGUGGAUCAGAACAAGAUGUUAUUGAACAAAGCAUAAGACUUAGUGAAGAAGAUGAAUACAUGGUAAAGGAAGACAUACAGUCUAGCAAGAAGGAAAAUAAAGAUGUUAAUGAGACAAGUUUUAGUGAGUUUACUGAGAAUCUUUUUAAAGCACUUGAAGUGCAAGAAUUUGACAGAAUCAUGCCAGAUGAGUUUUCUAAUGUGGAAGCAUAUAGGCAAGAUCACAAAGGCAAAUUUGAAACUGAUAUUAUAACAGAAGGCUCCUUUGAAGAUGAAUGUGAAGUUAAAGAUAAAGUUUGUGAUAUAACUGAAAUGCCAAAUGACUGUAAGGAUCAAAAUGAAAGUUCUAAAACAAAAACAGCUUGUGAAGAAAUUUAUUUCAAUCCUAAUACCUAUGAAUAUAAUGAUCAAGAAUCACCGUUAACUAAUGAGAGUGAAGAGUGUUUUAGAUGGGCAAACAUAGGUCACAACCAGGAUGAAGAAACUGAUUAUGAGGAAGAUACACAAGAAAAUGUAAAUGAAAGAGAAGACACAGAUGAAGAGGUCUUAAACAAAGAAAACUUGAAGGAAAAUACUAAAGAAACACAGAUAUACUAUGGAGAAAAAGUCACAGAACAUCAGAUGUGGGAAACUGGUGAAUUAUGUUUAGAUGUUGAGUCUGGAUCCAUUGACCUGGAUGACAUGGAAAUGUAUAAGAGUCAUGAAGAUGACUGUAUGUCCCAACUUCACAGUCUUGAAAGUGUUGAAAAAAUGAAACAUAGACCUCAAAGCCCUGGAGAUUUUGAUGAAUUAUCUGUGAGUAGAGAGAUGAUGGGAGGACAGAAGAAAACCAUUAACUCUUUCAAAAAACAUUCAAAAAUGGGAGAUAUGGAUGAUGUAUAUAUUAUUAAGAAUGAAGGGGCUUUAGAUAGAACUGAAGAGUAUGAAAAGUUGAGAAAAAAUAAGGAUGACCAAAUUCUGUUGCAUAACAUUACAUCUCAACAUGAAGAAUUAAGCACUGAAUGGAUGCCAAGUGAAGGUGCAGUAUAUGGUCAGGAGACCUGUGAAACUUACAUGAAUGAGAACUUUAUAAAAUCUGUAAACAAAUCAAGUGAUAUUUCGGAAUUUGAAAGAGUAGUAUUUAGUGAUACUUUUUCAGAAAGGAAUAACAUGAAUUUAGUGGAAGAUACAAUAGCAGGCUCAGGUGAUGUGUUCACAAAGACAUAUUCAACAACUUUAAUUGAGGAAAAACUCAGAUAUUCAGAAGAGAAGCUGAAAUUCCUCACAGGAAUGCUUCACCAGAUUCAAGAAUCUGAACCAUUUAAGAAGGAUGAUACUGAAGUACUGAAUGUCUCUGACAGUAAAUAUAAUGAAGGUAAUACAGAGGAAGAGCUACAACCUGGUCAGAUGAAUUAUACACUCCUUGUAAAUUCAUCUUCUGAUUCAGAGAUAGAAGAAAUAAUCAAUGCCUGCAAAGGGGACAUGAACAAGGAAUUGGCUUAUCAGCAACCAGAUUUAAGAACUGAUGAAACAUGGAGGAGGAGUGAUAUAAUUGAGAUUGCAGAAGCAAACCCAAUGUUCAUUAUUGAUAAUGACCCUUUUGAUAAAGAUCAAACUUCUGGCACAGAAAUACCUCAGUUAACGGAAAACCCCACACAUACGGAACCAACCAGUGAAGUUCUGGAAUACCCUUUGCCACCACCUGCUGUGUUUACUAAAGCAGAUGACUUAACAGUGUGUGACACUACCAUACUAACCAGCUACCAGAAAACAUCUUACACAAGCAGGGGACACACCACAAGGGGAGACUCCAUGAUUAAAUCUUCUGUCACUUCUGGCCAACCUCAGUGGACCAGGUCUCUGCCAUCCUACCCUGUGUAUGGCACGUAUUAUGUGGCUCUUCAGUCAUCAACCACAGGGCAGUCUUUAGGAAUUCCAGGCCUUAAUGGCAAGAGACUCUUGGUUAAGAUUGUUAAAGCAACAGGUGUUGGCUGUGAGAAAGCUGUAUCAGAAGGAUAUACAGUAGUUGAAAUGGAUGAGCCACCCCAGAAGUUCACUACCUCGGUUAUUAAGGACACAAAUUCACCGUUUUGGGAUGAACAGUUUCUAUUCGAUCUCAGCGAUGGCACUUUAGAACUCCUUUUUGAACUUUAUGACAAGAAGGAUGGAAAUUUCUUAGGUCUAGGCAUUGUAGGUAUAGAAGAAUUAGUUGCAACUCCAUCUCAGAGGCAGAUUAUCCCACUGCAGUCACGACCUUAUGAAAAUGAUGAAGUGUCAGGGUCCUUAACAGUAGAGUUUCUGUUUCUGGACCGGGCAGACUUGCCAGAUCUCACUCUUCGUUCAAGUGCAACGAGUCAGAGCCUGUCGUCUAAGGGAGAUUUAGUCACAACUACUACUACCACUUAUGUCAAGGCACCUGACUCACAAGUGUUCCCUGAGAAUGGAGACUCCAGCCCUGGAACUUACAGACGGCGUGAAUCCUACCGCAAGGCCAACAAUAUCCGUUCAGAUGUUAUUGUGAAUGGAGGGGAUGGAGUAGCUGCCGCAGCACUGAGAGAUAUUGAGGAGAAGAAAGUAGUGGUUGCUAAUAACGCAAGCAAAUCAACCAUGAUCAUCCAUGCUUCCCGGAAGCCUGAAGAAGAAGACGGAUAUGAAGGACAGCCUGCACAAGACCUUACAGCCCUGACGACCACAGCCACGACAACGACAGCUACUCGCACCACUAUUAGCCCAAGCAAAGGGGUUGCCAGUGUUACUACUCAGAGCCCUACUAUCACUAUGUCUAGUAUCACUGCUAACACCACCACUGUAGUGAAUGCUGAUGGAGAGGAAGCCCACCGAAUAUCGAUGAGCGGGGUAGAAGUCGAGGAAACCGCCGCAAACGAGAUUCUUUCUUUGGCACGCUAAAGAAGAGAUUUAGUCGAUCCAAAGUCCGAUCAAAGAGCAUGGAACCUGGCAGUAGAGAUUUAUCCAUGGAUCGGGAUAUGUCUGUAGGCCGUUCUAUAUCCAUGGAAAGAACUGCUAAUAGAGCC